CACGGCAGACGGCGGAUGGUCGGCCGCAAUUUGCGCGCUCAGUUCGAUCGAGGCAUUUGGAACGAGAUGCGAUUGCUGCUGCUGCUGCCGGCUGCCGGGUUGUUCCUGCUGUUGCUGCUGCUCCGACUGCCCCUGCCCGGGGACGGUGCGGGUCGUGUGAUAUACUUUAACCAGCUGAAAGAGAACCAGACGCUCCAAGCCAAAAAGAAUGCGACGGACAGGCUGGGCAAGGGCAUGCUCUUCGAUGUGGGACGUGGCCACUGUCAUCGCGGCUACAUGCACGAUCAUCAUGGCCGUUGUCGUAGGAUUGUCUAGGCCUGGCCCAGCCAUCCGCAAUCCUCCAAUCAGUGAUGUCUACGCUUAAUAUUUGUUUUUUGUUGUGAUUUUUUUUGUUUGUGUAGAGAAUAAAAUUGAAACUAAAUUGUCUGCAGAUAAAAAA